AUGGAAGCAUCCAAACAACAUCCAAACAUGGUGCAAUCUCCUCCAAUGCUCUUUACGAGGAAGAAAUGGACCAAAUUCGAUAGAAAUGUUGCUUCUUACUUUCUCCUUUUGCAUCUACUUUGUAUUUUGGCACCCUUCUAUUUCACUUGGACUUCUUUCUUUCUUACUAUCAUAUUAGCCAAUCUAACCGGCAUGGCCAUUAGUGUUUCGUAUCAUAGAAACCUUGCACAUCGAGCCUUCAAACUUCCCAAAUGGCUCGAGUAUUCCCUUGCUUAUUGUGCUGCUCAUGCAAUUCAGGGUGAUCCGAUUGAUUGGGUGAGCACACACAGGUGUCAUCAUCGAUACGUCGAUACGGAACGAGACCCACAUAGUCCGAUAUAUGGAUUUUGGUUUAGUCAAAUGACGUGGUUUUUUGAUUCGUAUAACUUGACUAGAAAAGUGUGUCCGAACUAUUUUAAGAACUUUGAAAAGGUGGAAAGAAACAUGUUUAUGUUCUUCAUGAAGCAUGGAUAUCCAGACAAUGUCAGGGACUUGGAGAAACAAUGGUUCUAUAGGUUUAUGCGUAAAACCUAUUGGCUUCAUCCAUUGGCUCUGGCAGGGUUGCUGUAUGCUGUUGGAGGAGUUCCUUAUGUCAUAUGGGGAAUGUGCGUGAGGUUCGUAUUGAGCUUGCAUAUAACAUCUAUGGUCAAUUCGGUUUGCCAUAUUUGGGGAACGCAACCAUGGAAUACGGGCGAUUUAUCGAGGAACAAUUGGAUGGUAGCUUUGAUAACGUUCGGAGAAGGAUGGCACAACAACCACCACGCCUUCGAGUAUUCAGCAAGGCAUGGGCAUGAAUGGUGGGAGAUUGAUUAUGGUUGGUAUGUCAUUAAGUUCCUUCAAGUCAUUGGGUUAGCCACCUGCGUCAAAUUACCCUCUCAAACCCAGAAGCUGGCUGCCUUAAACAAAUCAAAACCUCACCUUACUUAACCCUAUGAUUCAUUAAGAACACCAUUAUUAUAUUGUCUCAUUUCAGAAUGUGUUGCAAAAUCAAUAUUAUAUCAAUAUAUGAACUUAUUGUAC